CCCAAUCACUCCCAAAACACCACUCACAUGGCAUAACAUGAUUGGUGACUAACUUUUGUCUUAUAAAAAUGAGUGAGCUCUCAUAACCUUUCCUGGGAAUUUCAUCGAAAUUACCCAAACAUUGAAAACAAUCAUUCUUUCUUUGGAUCCAAAACCCAGAAGCCCUUUCAUUCUUUCUUUCUCUCUAAAAAGACACCAAAAAUAUGCUAAUACAAUGAAUACAAUCAAAAUGCAAAUAAUUAGGCCUUGUUUGGCAAUUUUCUCUCUUCUCAUUCUUUCUGGCUUCGCAACUCAAAUCCAUGGAAGCAAGCAAUCGCAAGCACUUUCACAGCUCCACAGAUCCAAAUUGAAGAACGUCGCCCACAUCGACAAGAGCCCCUUCGUGGCAAUUCUUCACGCAAACGCAACCAAAACUCAUCCUCAGGAAGGGUUGAAGGUGAAGGAUAGGAUCGUUAAAUUGCCUGGACAACCCAACGUGAAGUUCUCUCAGUAUGGUGGGUACGUUACGGUGGAUAAAAAAGCCGGCCGUGCAAUGUUUUACUAUUUAGUUGAAGCUGAGCAAGCUAAGGAUUCUUCACCUCUUCUUCUGUGGCUCAAUGGAGGACCUGGUUGUUCUUCUCUUGCCUAUGGAGCAAUGCUCGAGCUUGGACCAUUCCGAAUCCACAGCGAUGGAAAAACACUUUACAGAAACAGAUUUUCAUGGAAUCAUGCUGCUAAUGUGUUGUUCCUUGAGUCUCCUGCUGGGGUGGGAUUUUCAUACUCAAAUAGAACAUCAGAUUACGAUGCAAGCGGGGAUAGAAACACAGCUGCAGAUAAUUAUGUAUUUUUGGUGAAUUGGUUGGAGAGGUUUCCUGAAUACAAGGGCAGGGAGUUUUAUAUCUCUGGGGAAAGUUAUGCAGGGCAUUAUGUACCUCAACUUGCACAUACCAUUCUCUACCAUAAUAAAAGGGCUAACAAGACCAUUAUCAACCUCAAGGGCAUAAUAAUUGGGAAUGCAGUGAUCAAUGAUGAAACUGAUACAAAAGGAAUGUACGACUACCUUGCGAGCCAUGCUAUCAUUUCAGAUAAAACUGCAAAUGAUAUUAAUAAGUACUGUAAUUUUGCACCUACUGUCACUACCGAUCAGCAUAAGGAGUGCAGUGAUGCCACUGAUGCUGCUGCUAAAGAUACCUAUUACGUUGACAUUUAUAACAUCUAUGCCCCUUCAUGUUUGUCUACCAACCUCACUGCAAAACCCAAAAAGACUUCAAUAUUCAAAUUUGAUCCGUGUAGUGAGGACUAUGCGUAUGCAUAUUUGAAUCGGCCUGACGUUCAACAAGCUCUCCAUGCCAAUGUCACCAAACUCUCUCACGAUUGGGAACCAUGUAGUGAUGUUAUCACAUGGGGCGAUAGCGCAUCAACCGUACUACCUCUUUUACAUGAGUUCCUGGAGAAUGGACUUCGAGUGUGGAUUUUCAGUGGCGACAUUGAUGGGAGGGUACCAGUCACUUCAACAAAGUAUUCUCUUGACAAGAUGAAUCUUCCAGUAAAGACUGAGUGGCACGCCUGGUUCCUUAGUGGAGAGGUUGCUGGGUACACACAAGUGUUCGAGGGAGGCCUAACAUUUGCUACAGUGAGACACGCAGGGCAUCAAGUUCCAAGCUAUCAGCCUGCAAGAGGACUUUCACUCAUCAAGCACUUCCUUGAUGGCACACCUCUUCCCGAUACUAAAAGAUAUAACUAGCUAGCUAAUUUCUCCAAAUCUUUCUACCUAUUCGACUGGCAUUACCUUGUUAAUAAUUUUUUUUGGUCCACACAAGGUUAAUUAAUUGAUUUGUCAAACUUCAAGUUGUAAUUUAUUGUUAUUGAAA